UUCUCCCUCGAGGACAUUUCUGCAAAAUAUGGCUUAUGCUGUUUGCCAUUCACUCAUCCAAACCAUAGACCGAAUCCUGAAUCUCGACCCUCAAAAGUACCCUAUCUCCGAUGAUGGAAAGAAACAGAUUAAAGAUCUUCUUGCACGGAUCGAAUUCAUCAAACUUUUCCUCCAAAAGUAUCCCAAGGAAGCAGCGACUUUCCUAACGGAUGUCACCAACGCCGCCAACCAAGCCGAAGACGUGAUGGAGCACUUCAUCUACGAGCACUACCGCUGGAACCUCCAGGCCGAGAAAAUGGCCGCUGUCGGCCGCCCACGAAAUCGUACAGAGAUUCUGUACGAUUUCCGUGAGCUGUACAUAGUGAUGGCGAAAAUAUCCCCCAUCGCUCAACAGAUGGCGGAGAUCCAACAUAAAGAGGAGCAGCAGCACGGUUUGCGUCCAGCAACGACGAUGAGCUCGUCCGCCCCGGUGUCCCAGCCUGAUGUUGAUACUGAGACGGUUGGCCUCGAGGAGUACUUGAAGACUAUUAAAGGUUUGAUUUGUGGACAGCCGUCGUCCCAACGCCAGAUCAUCCCCAUCACGGGGAUGGGCGGGAUUGGGAAGACCACUCUGGCUAGAACUGUUUAUAACGAUGAGGACGUCAUCAAUGAGUUUCCUGUCCGCGCUUGGAUCGUUGUGUCUCAUAAUUAUAAAGUGGAAAAUAUUUUUGGGGAGCUUCUGUAUGCCUUGGAGAAACAAAUCCCUGAUGAUCUUGUGGACAAAAGUCAGACAGUGGAGAAUAAACUGCACAGGAUCUUGACGUUGCAGAAGUACCUGAUUGUGGUGGAUGAUCUGUGGAGCGCCAAGGCGUGGGACGACAUAAGGAAGGCGUUUGGCGACCCCAAUAAGCGUGAUGGGAGUCGGAUUGUGAUCACCACCAGGGAUGAGACUGUGGCUGCUCAUGUCACGUUUUCCUCUCCUCACAAGAUAAAGCUCUUGAGUCCUGAGAAUAGUUGGAUUCUCCUCAAGAAAAAGGCGUUUCGAUACAGGGAACUGGAACCGGAUAUGGAAAAGAUCGCGUGGGAAGUUGUUGCCGGUUGUGAAGGAUUGCCCCUUGCGAUCGUGCUUAUUGGAGGUAUCUUAUCAGAAGCGGAAAUGGAAGCAUGGGGUGACAUUGCAAAAGAUGUGAAAUCCGCUGUUGAGAGUACUACUGAGUUCGGAAAGAGAAUUGCGUUGAGUUACACAUAUCUACCUGUUGAUUUGAGGCCGUGUUUCUUAUACAUGGGUGGUUUUCCGGAAGAUCAAGAGAUCCGGAUCUCGAAGCUUAUCAAGUUAUGGAUAGCGGAAGGAUUCGUUGGAAACGAAAAUGAGGCUAAAGAUCACUUGUACAAGCUUGUGAGGAGAAAUCUGCCUGUGAUCACAUCUCUCAAGCCCAACGCCGAUUUCAAAAGCUGCAGCAUGCAAAAAAUGGUCUUUGAUAUGGCCAAAUCACAGGCUCUAGAUGAGAACUAUGAGCGACGGCUGAGUAUUGGUCAUCAGGAUCUCACGCGCCUUGCUAGAGCUUACGCCUCAACCCUGCGCUCGUGUUUGACCUUCCAGCCUAGUGAGAGCUCAUUAGGUGUACUGCGAAAGUUCAAGUUGUUGAGAGUGCUGGAUGUGGUGGAGACUGACGCGUACUCACUCCCAGCUCCCGUGUUCGAGCUGUUUCAUCUGAGGUACCUUGCGUUCGGGUGUCCAAUGGAGGUUCCGCACGCCAUAUCAAGGCUUCAAAAUCUUCGCGCUUUGAUAGUUCGUCCGAGCAAGAGAUCGAGGAACCACUCAAACGACAACGUGGAUCUACCACUGGAGAUCUGGAUGAUGCCGCUUUUGACUCAUCUUGUCUCCUCUUUUGAUCUUCUGCCCCAUCCAAAAGGAGCAGCUUCUGCUUUGAAGGAGCUGCUCACACUGUCUUUGGUGAAGAAGCUGAUAUGUACGGAACAGAUUAUGGGUUUAAUUCACAAUUUGAAGAAAUUGGCAAUCACUUAUUUUGGAGACAAAUAUCAGAAUGAAGACUAUCAGCUCAAAAAUCUGUGUCUCCUGACUCAACUUGAGAAGUUGACACUAGUUGUGCAGAAAGGCUCUCUUCUUAUGAUGAAAGCUAAGCCUGUUUUCCCGAAGUCGUUGAAGAAGUUAACCUUGAGCGGUUGGCGAUUCCCUUGGGAAGAUAUGAAGGCUAUUUCUGCUCUGCCCGAGCUUCAAGUGCUCAAACUGAGAGAUCAUGCCUUUGAAGGCGGUGCGUGGAGCACUUUUGACUAUGAGAGUGCUUAUGAAGACGUGGAACUGUUUGAUAAACUGGAAUAUAUGCUAAUUCAGGAAUCUGAUUUGGAGGAUUGGGAGACUGAAAAGGACCAUUUCCCAGCACUGAAGCGGCUAGUGCUCAAUCGUUGUGAUAAGCUAAAGGAGAUUCCGGAAGACAUAGGAAGAAUUUUAGAACUUAAGCUGAUCGAGGUUGAUCGUGCAAACAAAUCUCUUGUCGAGUGUGUCAGAGGGAUCCGCGACAAGCAGGAGCAGGACUAUGGCAGAGUCCUUCAAGUUCGACUGUUAUAAGCUUUUUAGAUGUAUUGACAAGAAGCUGAGAUAUGGUGGAUUUGAAGAUCAAGGUUUCUAAUCAAAGGUUUUAUGCUCUGCUCUGGAGAAGCAUCACCCUUUGUGUUUUAUUUUGUGUCUUGUUUUCAUUUUUUAGAUUUAUGUUUAUGUACUUGAAAAUGUUUGUAACAGUCGAAAGGUCUUCAAACGUAGAGCAUAAUCAUGCUGGGACACAAUGGUGUAUGAUUUGUCGAUGAAAAUCACAUUGAGAAAGAACCAACAAAGAAAAUUCAUGAAGAUUAA